UGUCUGCCAGGAAGGAACUGUGUACUGCGCUGCGCUGCGCCUGUGACACUCGCUCGGGGAUUCACGGUGUGCGACUGGGUGCGGUCUGUCGCUGAGAACUGUGCUUUGCGUCGCGAGCGGCCCUGCCGUCCAAAGACAAGGAAGAUGAUAGUGUGUUGCGCCGGGUGUCAGAAGCCCAUCACAGGCAAGUUCCUGGUGACGGUGCUGGAGAGAACGUGGCACGCAGAGUGUGUGCGCUGCUCCGACUGCGGGGGCGCGCUCACCGACAAGUGCUUCAGCCGCGAGGGAAAGCUCUUCUGCAAGAACGACUUCUUCAGGCGCUUCGGAACCAAGUGCUCGGGCUGCCUGCAGGGCAUCUCCCCGCAGGACCUGGUGCGGAAGGCCCGAGACCGCGUCUUCCACCUCAAGUGCUUCACGUGCUGCGUCUGCCGCAAGCAACUGUCCACCGGCGAGGAGCUGUACGUGCUUGAGGAAAACAAAUUCGUUUGCAAACAAGACUACAUGAGCGGGAAACUGACAGUCGACCCCUACGUCAUGUCCGACGACGAGGAAGAAAUCGAAUCCAUGGACACAGGCGACACUUCACUCACUUCUCCGGGCUCCGACAACACCACACUUCACGCCCCCAACACGCCCGCGACCCCCGCCACGCCCUCAGCGCCGCCCACCACAGAUCUCGAGAAGGCAUCGAGUGUGAAUUCGCGAGACGAAGCCGAAGACGAAGACGAGGUGCUCGAGGGCGAGAAUAAGGACGACGACAGACGGUCCGGCGAGGAGGAGAAGGGCGCCAACAAGCGACGAGGACCUCGCACGACCAUCAAAGCCAAGCAACUGGAGAUCCUCAAGAACGCCUUCAACAAGACACCGAAACCGACGCGACGCGUCACAUCGGGAACAGCUGGCCAAGGAGACGGGGUUGCCAAUGCGUGUUAUACAGAUUAA